AUGAAUUCAANUGAAUGGUUUCUCAAUAAAUAUUUUGUAAAUGGUCUCAAUCGAGAUCAACUCAUCGGAUGGUGGAAGUUUGAUGAUAUUAAUAAUAUUGGACACGAUUCCAGUGGUGUUCUUACGAAUAAUUAUAUGUUAAUGGGUCAACCAACAAUCGAAGAUUGUUUUCUUGAUAAAGUUCAGUAUCAAACAACUACUUAUUCAGUUUCCAUUUGGUUUUGGGCUGAUUCAAAAGCAUGGAAUAGAAAUCAACAAGAAGGAGGAUGGCGAACAGCGAUUGGCUGUUGGAAUGAUCAAUAUCUUGUUAAUCAUGCUUGGCUUCAUCUUGGUUUUCAUGUAAAUACAAAUAUUCAUAAUCAAAUUAUGAUUUCAUCAGCUAAAUAUGCAUUUGGAUGUGAAGAUCGUCAAAAGACAGAACCUCAUCGAUGGUAUCAUGUUGUUGCUCGAGUUAAUCGAAAUAUCCAAGAUCUUUGGGUCAAUGGAAAACAAGUGAGCAGUGUAGACAUGACUAACAUACAAAAUCGAACAGAAAUACGAGAACCUUAUCAUCAAUCUUGGAAUUCUUCACAAUGGUACGAACAAACCAUUCAUUUGCCAAAUAUUUUGUAUAUUGGAACAAAGAAUAAUGAACAUCAUAAUCCAUGGAUUGGUAAAAUUGCUGAUAUAUCUGUUUGGACACGAUGGUUACAACCAUUUGAAAUUUGUGCUUUGUAUCAACAACAAACAUCGAUUGAUAAAGUCAAAUUAGGAACAUUUCUCUUUAACAAAUAA